CUUUCCAUAUCUCUCUUUUUUCUUUUGUUUUUUAUUUUUUAUUUUUUAUUUUUUAAUGAAUGUAGUUUAUUUUUGUAUAUGUGAAUAUUAAAUGACACGUGUAAUUAAGAGAGUGUAAUCGACAAAAAAAGGAAGUCAACAUGGAAGAUUCAAUAAGAAAAGAGGAAAAUGAUAAUGUCCUCUCUAUUAUCUAUUAUAUUAUGUCAUUGCGUAUGUCACUCCAUCAUAUUAAAAGUUACGUUCUUGGGCAAGAAACAAAGUCAUAGAAGUGGUCAAUGUCUGUGCGCGGACCUUCGAGUCAAUUCCCCUUUCAACUUGUCCACCGAUAAAUGCAAACAUGUUUGAUUUCAAUAUAAAGAGUCGUGAUUGAUCAUAUUCUGGGAACUAGUUGGAAGUGAAUAAACAUAAUGGAUGCAGUGACAAACACAGUGGCAAUUUCAUGUGCUAUAGCAGUUGUACUAUGCGCAUGGCAGUUGGUAAACAUUUUGUGGGUGAGACCAAAAAAGCUGGAAAAGCACCUGCGGAAUCAAGGUUUCAAUGGAAACAAAUACAGAUUUUUGUAUGGGGACAUGAAAGAGUUUUCUUUGAUGGUCCAAGAAUCCAAAUCUAAGCCUUUAAGUCUGGAUGACGAUGAUGGAGUUCUAAAACGCGUUGUGGCAUUCACCCAUCACUCUUUGCAAAAACAUGGUAAAAAUUUAAUCACAUGGAUGGGAUGGAAACCAAGAGUGACUAUUAUGGACCCUGAUCUCAUCAAAGAUGUAUUUGUAAAGUUAAAUGACUUUCAUAAGCUGGAACCUUCUCCAAUGACAAAGUUUAUAGCAACAGGAUUAGUGACAUACGAAGGGGACCAAUGGACUAAACAUAGGAAACUAAUCAACCCAGCCUUCCAUAUGGAGAAGCUAAAGAAUAUGGUACCAGCUUUCCAGUUAAGUAGCAGCGAAAUGCUUGGGAAGUGGGAGAAGUUGGUUUCAUCAAAGGGAUCAUGUGAGCUCGAUAUUUGGCCUGACCUUCAAGCUUUAACAAGUGAUGUGAUAUCAAGAACCGCAUUUGGAAGUAAUUAUGAAGAAGGUCUUCAGAUAUUUGAACUCAUAAGAGAACAAAGUGUACUUGUACAGGAGGCAGUGAUGUCAGUUUACAUUCCUGGAUCUAGGUUUUUUCCAACAAAGAGGAACAGAAGGAUGAAUUCUAUAGACAGAAAAGUAAACCAUUCUAUAAGAGGUAUCAUAAACAACAAGCUCAAGGCAAUGGAGGCUGGAGAAGAGACAACAUCGGGCUUGCUUGUAUGGACAAUGAUUUUAUUAAGUAAGCAUCAAGAAUGGCAGUCGCGUGCUAGGGAAGAGGUUCUGAAUGUUCUUGGGGACAAAAAUGUGGAUUUAGACCGGAUAAAUCACCUAAAAGUUAUCAAUAUGAUUUUCUAUGAAGUAUUGAGGCUAUAUCCACCAAUCGUUGGGCUAUUUCGUAGAGUUGACAAAGACAUCACACUGGGAGGAUUUUCACUACCAUCUGGAACUCAUAUUGAAUUACCCAUCAUGAAUAUUCAUUACGAUGAGAAAAUGUGGGGUGCUGAUGCAAAGAAAUUUAAUCCUGAUAGAUUUUCUGAAGGAAUAUCAAAGGCAACAAAAAACCAAGUCAUUUACUUUCCCUUUGGUUGGGGACCUCGAAUAUGUAUUGGACAAAACUUUGCUUUGAUUGAAGCUAAAAUUGCCCUCGCCAUGAUCUUACAGAAGUUCUCUUUCGAACUUUCACCAUCGUAUAUCCAUGCUCCUCAUAAGCUUCUCACCCUUCAACCCCAGUAUGGUGCGCAUUUGAUUAUGCAUAAACUCUAGCAUUCUUUCCAUUAGUUUGCCUUGAAUACUGUUAUUUUGAUUGGAUGCCUAUAUUGUAUUAUUCAAAUAAUUAUGUAUGGAGGGGCACAAUAUUUGCAAUAUAUAUUUUAUGUUAAAGCAAUUAUGGUUGCAAAUUACAUGUGUCUAUUUUUAUAUUUAGAAUGUAUACAUUGCUCUAAUUUUGUCUGUAUUUUUCCACUUCGCAAUAAAGAAUAAUGAAGAG